CCGACUUCAGAUUUGUCCAGCUGGUCCAUGACCUUGUGUUUGGGUCAGUUGGGGUUCAGCUCUGUCAGUCUGGUGUAGCUGCUUCAGAUGAGCUGCUGUCUGACUGUUCAUGUUCACAGGGGUUGUGAUGGUGCAGAAGAACCGCAGAGGAGUCUGGCUGUUACACAGCACACCACAUUUCCCUUACAAGAGAGAUAAAAAUCAUUUCUGGCCUGAAAGUGGAGCAAGUAACGCUCAGACGUUCAUCUGUGUAACGUUCAACUACGACCAGUUUGAACAUAUCGGUAAACACCUGCAGUACAUCAGAGCGUACCCAUUCGAUCAUCAUAUUCCAUCAGGCUUUUAUAAAGAGCUUCAGGACGCUGCAGAGAAGAAAAACCCCUACAGAACCCUCAAAACCCACAAAAAACCUAAGGUGGAACCUGAUAAGUUCCAGCAGCUGGUAUCCAGUGGAGGGAAGAAGUUUUACAGCAUUGCUAAACAACGGUCCAGUAAGGUAGAGGUUGGAGAUCUUUACGUCACUAUCUCGGAGAAGGUCAACAGUGAUGUGGAUGUCCAGAGCUGGGGCCGCCAGCAUGAGCGUGAUGGUCCCUUCUGCCCUACAAAUGGAGAAAAAGUGCAAAAUAUCGAAUCUGUAAAAACUGGUUUGGGUGAAUGGGAUGCUGGCGAUGAUCAUUCAAAGUGGUGUGUAGCUGUGGAUCAGAAUAAACCCUGGACCUGUAUUGCUGAUGUAAACAGAGCAAAGACACAGUAUAGGAGGCCAGGGGGAGCGCUGUGCGUUAAAGAUGCAGAAAUAACAAACAUAUUCAAGAGCUUUGCAGUGAGUGUGGAAGGUUGUUCAGGUCCACGAAAACAUGGACACUGAUAGAUGCUCAGACUCAGACUGACACUUAUACUAAUAAAUAAAUGAUUAAAUAAAGUUGACUCUGACAGUGGAGCUCACUCUUCAUCCUGAUUGGAUGAAUAAUUUUUUAAAUGUUGUUAGAUUCUGUCAAACAUACGGUGGUAAAAUGUUAGAUGGUGUGAUAGACUUCAUUAAUCAGA